UUUCUUCGAACGAAUAAAUAAACAACAGAUUAAUACAAUAUGUUAAUGUCUUGUGUGUAAGAGUGUGUAGAAUAAAAAGGAAAGUGAUGAAUAGUAUUAUUAUUUUUAUACAUACAAAAAUUAAAUCAUCUAAUUUUCAAUGCGAUUUCUUUGUUACCUGCCCGUGAUUUAAUUUAUAAAACUGCUUUUUGACAAUUUCAUUAAAGAUCUAUCGAUGUUUACCCUUUGGAACUAAGAUAUGCUUUAAAAUAGCAAAUUUUUGGUACAUUGUUGUUUGAUGAUAUUCACAAUUUUGUUUGCUCUUCGCUUGGAUGGUAUCAUAGAAUGGAGUUAUUGGACUGUCUUUGUUCCAAUAUGGUUUUGGAAGAGUAUGGUCAUUUUGGGUGCUACUAUUGGAAGUUAUGUUUGGUGGAGACAUCCUCAUGCAAGGCUAGAAGGGGAUGCUUAUGUACAUUAUAAAGCAAUGUUGAUUACUUUGGCAUUACAUUUGAUCUUGUUAAUGUUUGAAUUAUUAGUAUGCGAUAAGUUAGAAUCUGAAAGACAUCUUUGGAUACUUGUAUUCAUACCACUUAUCUUCAUCUCUAUAGUGUCAAUAGCUGUCUGUAUCUGGGCUGCAAAACAUGAUAGAUCAUUUGAACUUGAAUUAUUUUGUGCAGUCAAUGUAUUACAAUUCAUCUUUUUGGCAUUAAGAUUAGAUGGAUUUAUAACAUGGAGUUGGGAAGUAGUGUUUGUGCCUCUUUGGGCACUUUUAUGCUUAUCCUUAGUGGCAGUUCUAUAUGCGAUAGUAUUUGCUGCUGUUUUAUUAAGGACACCACAGAUUAAUGCCAGGCAAAGGCGGACAUCUUUAAAUUCAGCCUUAGCAUACACAUUUCUUGUGGUUCCAAUUUUAGUGUUCCAAGUAUUAUUAGCAAACAAAUUGGAUGGAGAUAUUUCAUUAAAUUACACUACAGUGGCGAUGCCACUUUUAAUAUCUCAUAUAACACUCAUUUUCAUGUCUUUCGAUGCAAAAGGAGGAAACAGAUGGUGGUUUGGUAUUAGGAAAGACUUUUGUCACUUUUUAUUAGGAUUGUGUCCAUUGCUUCAAGAAUAUGGUAAUAUUUCUUAUCAGCCAAGAAGUGAACAAGAUCAACCACCAUCGGAACCAAUGGUUUCAGAAAAGAAUGAAAAACAUUUCAAAAAGAUCGACCUAACAAAACCUGUGGUACCUAUAGUUUCCAUUGAUAUGCCCGAUUGAUUGUUUUGUAUAGGAUCGAUCCGGGUACUUGAAAUGUUUUUAUCGAUAUGACUGGUUCAUACCGGAAGCCAUAUCUUAACAAGUAACAGAUACUGGUGCGAAACUAAUAGAGAAAUCUAUUAUGGAAAGGAAAUUAUCAUUUUGAGUAAAGUAUGUCACGAAGAAAAUCUUGUUAUUGUUACAUAUAUUGUGCGCUGAGGCAAUCAUAAUAAUUAUAUUAUCUAUUUUGUUCUUGGGGCUUAAGCUUUUUACUAUAGAUUUUCGUAAAAAAAAAAAAUAUAUAUAUAUAAAAGGCUUCGAGAAAAAAGUCUUACAGUUUUUUAAAAUUAAUUAUUUAAUUAAUUAAUUGCAAGAUAGUUACGAGAAAGUUGUAUGUUAAAUACAUUUAGAGGAAUGGCCCCUUGAGCAAAUUCAGCAGCCGCGAUGCUCAAAAUCAUCAUGUCUUUUAACGCUGCAUUAGUCUUACGUGUACCCAAACUUAAAUUACGCGUAGAGUAAGUAACCAACCCGUCCAUUUGUUUGAUUGCUCCUUUUUAAUGAUAUAGGAUAAUCGUCGACCUAUUUUGUUAUGCCUGUUAAAUAGUAAACUUGCGUAACAAUAGCGUUAUUAUUACUUUGCCAAAAGUAGUGGAUAUACAUAAAAGAUAGUGAAUAUGCCUAAGGUGGUGCUAAAAAGUUAAUGAUAUUUUGAAUAGUUUGUAUGCAGCUGUGAACCGCGUUUAAAAUCCGAACUAAACCUCGAUAUACUGUGAUCUGUAUAGAGCAAAGUUUGAUUUAUAAUUACUUAUAUUUUAAAUCGAUUUUCCUGCAAAUCGUUAGAACUAUUAAUGAAGUUUAUUGUUAAGGAAAAUCAUCAAUGUAAAUAGUCCACUAUGUUGUAGAAUCUGCUAGCACUAUACAGAUCAUAUCUGAAAAUCUAAUAUGUAUGUAAUUAAGUCUCAAUUAACACGCGACUGUCUGAUCCUUGGUUGAUGCAAAAUUUAGCAGCAUUAAAUUAUUUCCGCAAAAAAUUGGUACACAUACAUACAUAUUAUAAAUACGUAUAAGAUAUGUUAAUAUUGUAAACGAUACGAGUAAUUAUUCUUUGUGUUUGCAUUUUAUUUAAAAAAAAAAAUUCCGUUUGUCUUCUACAUUAUUUCAUAAUGUAAAUGCUCAUAUUGAAUGAGACUUAACAGUAGUGUUUACAUAGUAAAUUUAUAAAAAUCGGUGCAAUUCAGGAGCAGAGUGAUUGUUAACAGGGCAAUGAUAAUAAAAUUGAAAAUUACAUUUUUUUUUUCUUGUUUAUAGAAAUGCUUUACACGUAUUUGAGCCCUUUUUAAAAAUAAUUUCUAAUUUAAGAAAGAAACCUAGAUUCUAUGCUUGCAACGGCAUAGAUAAUUAAGGAGAAAAGCCAUACAUUUACAUUAGAAUAAUUUUUCUACGUGUUCCUAAAAGUCUUUGCAAUAUUUCUUGUUAAAAUAUUCAUACUGAUAUUACUAAAGUGAUAGUAUAAUUUUAAUAUGUACGGUAAACGUGUUCAAAGGGCUCUGUUACUUUAAGCUUUUAAUUAGACCCUUAUGUACGCUUAUCAUUUAUCAAUUGCUUCAAGAAUUCUAACGAAUACUGCAUUUUCUAAUCGAUAAUGUAACAAGUAUAUGCCAUUGUUAUAUAUCUAAUAAGUUAACUUUUAUUGUCAUUAUUAUUAUAUUUUUUAAAACUGCUAUUCCUUAUGAAUAAUCAGAAUGGAAGAUGUUAUGAUACUCGUAAGGAGUGUAAAAACAUUUGUUCGAUAUGUUAUAUAACAUUAAAAUUUUACAAAAAAAGAAA